AUGGCACCACCAGCAACUGCGGCAUUGCUUUCCUGGGCUUUGCUGCAGCCUGAGGGCAGCGCUGCCCCACCACAGAUUGGUAUCGUCACCAUACACACUGAGAACAUUCAACGAUAUGCAAACACCACCGGGGAAGCCAACAGGCAAUAUGCGGAACGGCAUGGUUAUGGCUUCCACAUCGUCACACGCUUGAUUGACAAGUCACGGCUCCCACACUGGUCGAAGAUACAUGCAGUGCUGCUUCAUCUUUGCCAGUAUGAUUUCGUUUUCUGGAUUGACGCCGAUGCUGCAUUCUAUGACCGUCACCUGCGGAUAGAAGAUGUGGUGCCUGUCGCAGGUCAUGAUGACAAGCACAUUUGGCUGCAGCAGCAUUCGCAAGAUUACCCGUCCAUUUUCCGAAAGGAGUUAUUCGACACGGGAACCGUUCUCUUUCGGAACUCAGCGUGGACUCGUCAAUUUCUGCUGGAAUGGUACUUCUACCCUCCUUGUCAAGAUCCACAGAUCCUUAACUACACGGAGCAGUACUGCUUCUGUGAGGCAUACAAGGCAAACUUCAUGGACCUGCAAGCCAAGACCAUGGUUCUGCCUUCCAAGGAGAUCAACAACCAUCAGGCGCCCGCACCUUGGGAACCGGGCCUCUUCAUUCUCCAUCUGAGCGGGCAGACGGAUGCGCAACGCGCCGGCUACUUCCCGCAGGCGCUGGCAGGACGGGCCAAGGUCUUUGUCGACCAGCCCGAAUACGAGGACUUCAGGAACUUCCAGGAGCUCUUCGCCAGCCACAGCUACGGAGGCCUGGCUGGCAUCCAUCUGUGCAUGGUUGGGCUUGGUGACCGGCACUCGAUGCUUCUGGACGCCCUCCUGUUCCACCUGACCUACCUGACCGGCACCAUCAUUGUUCUGGAGGGAGCACCGGGGCUUUACAGUCAAAUCAGGAAGUCUGAUGACCUCAUGGGCGAUGGAUACGGCAAUCGCAUGGCCAUCCUCAGCAUUGAGGAGUAUGUCUCCGGGAAGACCUUCGAUGGUGAGCCUUACGUCAAGGGGUAUUACUGCGACUUGACAAUCCUUGGUGUAGAGAGCUGGAGGCACUUGAAGAAGUAUGACCACAAGCUGCUCGAAGUGUUGAACCUCGCUGGCUUUGAGCGGGACCAGGCGCAGGUGGAGGCAGGCCACAGCUUCGGGGCGUCACCGUUGGCAGACGUCUUCUUCGCAGUGCUCGAGGACGGCUGUGUCGGAGACCCAGAGGCACUUCAGGCCGAGCCGGGCUUGCGCCUCGAUAGUGAUGACUUCGGCAGCGACUUGCCGGACGCCUGCAACUUCAUGUCCGCUACCUAUGGUUGGCUGGAUGACAAGCUCCUGCGCGCGGAGGGCCUGACCGACCUGCAGCCGCAGGUCGAGGUUCUCCUCCCCGACAGCACUUCCGAGCCGGUCCCAUGGCUGUCCUCGGACCCAAAGUUUUGGGGUGCUCAAAAGAAGGGCAAAGUGACCUUCAUUCGGUUGCCACGUGCCGCAUUUGUGGACGACUGA